AUGCCGCAGCUUUCUCGCUUGCCGGCUCCGGCGGCUUCUUCAGCCCCGGAGCUCGGUUUCCUUAUGAUUGUUCUUCCUUUCUAUAUCUCGCCGGAAAAAGAAGUGAGGAGACAGAUCUGCAGAGGAAAGAGCCGAUCCAGCACAAACCCUAGAACCACCGUGAAAGCAGCCGUCGAGAAGCACCGUCGCCGUAAGUCAGCCGCCGCCAGAGAUCCCUUUUCAAGAGCCGUCCGCGCCCUCAAACGAACGACCUUACUCAUCAGACCUCCUUUAGUUCAAGCUCCCAAGAACUCCACGUCACCACCACCGAGUAGACCAUACCACCAGAGAUCUUACCACCACAAACCGCCGGAGCAAUUAAGCCUAUCACCGAGGAGAGAAGACGAACAAGUGGAAACCAGAGGGUAA